AACAAAUUAGACGGACACGCUGUCAAAACAAAAACGCAUCCAGCGACGAGCGCGUAGAAAGUGUGUUUUAGGAAAUUCGAUUGUGCUUAAUUAUAUCUAUUUUAUAAGCAAUACACCCCAGGACCACCAUUUGAAAAGCUAUGGGGACGAAGCGCAAGGCCGAAGACGAGAUCCUUGCGAUUCCCAGCGAUGACGACGAUGGCAGCGACAGCGACGUUCAGAUACAGGAAAAGCCAAUCCCGAUCGUCACCGUUGACGACGAUGACGACUCUUCGACAACGGCUCCCUCACAUUCCACUCCAGUGCGGCAGCCAUCGCCUGCUUGUGGCGGGAAAGCGUUGGAUAGUUCACUUGGUACGCCUCCGCCCCCACCGGACAUAUCCAGUAAUCGCUCUAUGUCAGAGGAAAAGCAAACCAUGACGGAAGAAAAAAUGGCUUCUGACAAUUUGAGUAUGAAGUUUCGGGACCAGGAACUGUUCCAUAUGUUUAAAGGAUCCCCGUCCGAAUGUCUGAGAACAACGUUCCAGCUUAAGAUGGGAUUCAAUGUAGAUUCCGGUGAGGCAUACAUUGACAAUUCAAAAUUCUACGGCGUUCCACCGCGGAUGGGACAUCAAAGCCGAGACGAAAUGAUUCGGAAUCUUGAAGGAACUUUGGUGCAAGGAUAUCGAAGGAAAAAACUUCGACUGGAUUCCGUAGCCCAAGUGGACAUCGAUCGCGAUCCAGCGGACAUGGAUCUGGACAAUCCGGACGAAAGUUUCAUUAAAGUGGAUUCGGUGGGUGAUUGCGAUAAAUUGGAGGGCCUGGUUACUGCCAGUCAGUGCAGCUCACUACCGUCGUACAAUGGAAAUAUUGUUGGAGCUCCGGCGAUGGAUGCCGAUGAACCGGAAGAGGGUGAAGUGGAUGAAACAGAAGAGCCACAGAACGGGUCAAAUCAAAACGAGGAUGAAGCAGAGGACGGAAAGAACGAAAGUACAAACGAUGACAGUUUGAUUCUGGUGGAAGAGGAAGCGGAAGUAAUUUGUUUGGAUGUAAGUAGUGACGACAUGUUUUCGGAUAUAUCUUCUUAUGUCGUUUUCGUUUUUGCGGUGUAGCUACACUCGUGGUACACUUUUG